CAUUGAAAUUGCGAGAACUGUUUACCUUUAUCAGCGGCCGCCGAAAACUUUAAAAUUAAUACGUAUACGUGGCUUUCGAUUGAGUCACAUUAAUAGAACGAAGUUAUGUUUGUUUUAAGAUAGCUGUUUAUCACAAUUCAUUCGUUUACACCAUGUUGGCCUGUUUGCUGCAACUUUGUUACUAUUUGGUAGCUGUGAUUGUAGUCGGCGUGCUGGUGGGAUUAUUCGUGCUGCUGUCUAAGACGAAACCGUAUCCCAAUAUAGUAAGGCACAAGGAUGAAGAAACAUUUUUGGAUCCAAAGACAAUUAAAAAUGUGGAUUUUCCAAGUAUAGAAGAGCCGCCCACCUUGGAAUUGAGUGUGAUAGUGCCGGCAUAUAAUGAGGAGAAACGAUUGCCUACCAUGCUGGAUGAGUGUCUGGCCUUCUUAGAGGAGAAGAGCAAAAAGGAAUCCACUUUUACGUACGAAGUUAUUAUAGUUAGCGAUGGUAGCAGUGAUGCCACAGUUUCGGUGGCCCUAAAGUACUCCAAACAAUUUGGUGCUGAAAAAGUUCGUGUUAUGGAACUGGUAGAGAACCGCGGCAAAGGCGGAGCUGUGCGUCUGGGUAUGCUAAGCGCUCGUGGUCGUCAAUUGCUUUUUGCUGAUGCUGAUGGUGCCACCAAAUUCCCGGAUUAUGAUAAACUAGCCGAAGCUCUAAAUGCUCUGGCCCCCGAAUGGCGGAAUGAUGGCUUAGCCGUAGGCUCUCGUGCUCACUUGGAGGAUGAAUCUAUAGCGUCAAGGAGUUUUAUACGCACCGUUUUGAUGCACGGAUUCCAUACGCUCGUCUGGCUUUUCGCUGUGCGUUCUGUACGGGACACACAAUGCGGAUUUAAACUAUUCACCCGAUCUACGGCCCGCAAACUAUUUGCCAGUCUUCACGUGCAGCGUUGGGCGUUCGAUGUGGAGUUACUUUUUAUAGCCGAGCGCCUAAAGUUGCCCAUGUCAGAGGUUGCUGUUCGCUGGACCGAAAUCGAUGGCUCAAAAUUGACACCUUUCUGGUCGUGGCUACAAAUGGGCAUGGACUUGGUGAUGAUCUGGGUGCGUUAUUUGGUGGGUGCCUGGCGCAUUGCUGCCAUCCAAAAGAAGGAAAACUAAACUAACCUUAGGCAAUGCCUUUAUUUCUCUAUGCAGAAUGCAUUUUUGUUUCGAAAAUAGUAGAUGUAAGGCUUUACAGUGUGAAAGAAAAAAAUAUAUUUAAUUUAUUAAGUGCACAGUA